UUUUUUCAUUUUAAUUUUCUUUAAUGAUGACUAUGUGACCAUGUCUUGUUGCUUUUGUCCCUCCAUUUCUUAAUUCAAAGGAAUUCAAUUGAGUUGGUUCAGAAAUAACUGCCUGCGCAUGCAUGAAGCUUUAGAGAUUGCAUGGAUGUCGGCUACUUUUUUAGGUUUGCAUGUUAUUGCCACUUUACAAGGCUGAAAUUUGACUGAGGGGUUAUAAUUUGAGUGGGAGCUAGCUACUCCUCCUGUAAAUUGCUUCCUAAGAAAUAGUAUUUGUUGAUGAUGGAUCUCCAAGGAGACCAGUCAUAGCUUUCAAAGGUAUUGAAGUCCCAGAAAGUGUGAAACCAAUCUGCAGACAAGUGGGGUUUUUGAGUGAGCGUCAUCAAGAAAAACAAAUGUAUCUUUAGAGGAGAAAAUGAGCAUUAUCUUUAUUGAAAGUCAGGCUUGAGUAAUUCGUGGAGUUGAAAAAACUACUUGAAGAUCAAAUGGCUACUCCUUUGUGGUUCUUCAGAUUCCCACCACCUUUGUUGCUUGUUCUUGCUUCAUUCCUUGUAUUGAUUGGAUUCAUGGGGUUUGGAUUCCUCUCCAUCUUCCUAACAUCUAUGGUACUGAUUUUCUCGACUGUUUUCUUCCCAUUUUCUAAGCAAAAACCUCUUCAUCUGGUUGAGAAUAAGUUAAUUGAAGAAAAACUGUUCAUUCCUUGCUUGGAAGAUGCAAAAUAUCAAAGUGCUACCCCACAAGAGAAGGAUGCUGAAGAAGCACCACUGAGCUCAACGGAUUUGAUAUCAGAAAGUGAAUGCCUUGAUCACUUAUCAACCAGUGAUGAUUCUGAAUUAGUUGACUGGUCGUUUGGAGACAGUGUGGCUCGGAGCCCAGAUUUCUCAGACGGCUCCAUUUCCGACGAGGAUAGCCUCAUCGAAAUAGCCCUCCCGGGUGGAUACUAUGUCGGUCACAAGGAGCAUGACUCAUUGUUUAACCUGCAGCAGAAAAUGCCAGGUUUGUCGCCCCAGUCCAUUUUUAAGCAGCAUACUAUAUUGGAGCUUUUGGCUGAGAUCAAUGAGAUGAAUGAGGAAGAAAAUUUGUUCGAAAUCGACUUAUCCGUGGGAUCCAUCAAGUGUUCAAGGUUUGAGAUUGAAGCUUGAGAGUUACCUUCUUUUAUUCAAUUUUAUGACCAUUUUUAUGUUUUUGAUCCGCCAUGGAUUUGGUUGAAGAUAAAGUUUACAACUUUACGUUACAACUUUACAUUUCGCUUAUGUGCAAUUGGCUACUUUGUGUUAUAAUGUUGUGCACGGUAAGCUGCUUCUGCUUUUUGACAAGCUUUGGAUUCCCACCAAAGCACUUGUACUAUGGCCCUUUUCAUUUCUCCUAAUGCACACUAAUUAAAGUACUAAAAGUUUAAUUGAAGGUCAAAAAAAA